AUGGUUUCGAGGUCGAGAUCGUUGUGCAGCUUCAGUGGAGGCGGUAAAUUUGGGAUUUUCGCGGGGUUGGAGCGAGAAGCUCUGUUUCCGGAGCAAAAAACUCCAUCUCUGCGGCUCGGAGCUCUGGGAUUAAUUGGCUGGUAUUCGGCCCUCGUCGGAUCAAAGCUGCCGGCGGAGAUGACUGAGUACGCGACCACGAGAUCGGAGUACCACGAGAUCGGAGCACGGGAUGGCGGGAGGAAAUGA